AUGGCAGAUUUUCCUGGCCAAAAUCCAUCAAACUCUGAUGAUAAUCAUCCCGUUUUUCCACCAGAAACGCCUGAAUAUUCCCAAGCCAAAUCACUUCUCCAUUCUUUGAGUGUGAUUGAGUUACAUAAAUUGAGAGAUGAAGCACAAUCAGAGAUUGAUCGUCGUGUUCAAGAGCAAUUACGUCAAAGAGAAGAAGAAGAAGUUGCUCAAUGGAAAAGUAGAAAAGAUGAGGAAAAGGCAGAGAGGCAUGCCAAAGCCCCAAGAUAUGGAAGUGCGACAGGGAGUGAUUUCGAGGCUUCUGAUGGAUUUGAAUAUGUUGUGGAGGAAGUGAACACCAGUGACCUUGAAUCUGAUGCUGCAAAGGAUAAACGCAAGAUGGAUGCUUAUCAUGAUGGGAGAUUGAAGAGCCGAUUCGAGUAUGAACUUUCCAAUCCCAAAAUCUUUGUACGCACCAUGAGUGAAGGUGAGCCAAGCAAGGUAAGGGUAAGAAGACGAAUUUCCAUGGUAGAUGAUAAGGAAACUGAGAGUGACGAGGAUGGAGAAGAUGAUGACAGUGAUGAAGGAUCGUCAUCCAGUGGAACAUCACCUGCUUCAUCUGACAGUGAUGAUGGUGAACGUUAUGAAGAUGAAGGAUGGGAUACUGACAAAGAUGAUUGGUGGUAA